AUGCAUAAUCCAACUUCAGUGCAACAAUUUAUAAUUAUUGCGACGUCGUCUUCUAUUAUCAGUCCAAUAACGUGUACAAGCAAAUUGCGAUCUGGCCAAGAUACGGGAAGAGCAUGCACCUCUACUGAAUGCAAGUAUAGACUUGAAUUUUGGUCACAAAGGAAUUUAAAGAAUCUAUGGGUAGUACUGAUUCUAGUGAUGAGUUUAGCGUUUUUCGUCACUAUUGUUGUUGUUGUAUCUCGUUAUUAUGCUCGAAAGCAUACAGAGCAGCAUUCAUCGUCGGCUUCAGAAGAAAUGUUUAAUAUUACAAUUCCAAGUAUUGAAAUUCGUCAAAUAACAGAUAAAUACGGGCGUAAUAUCGUUCGUAUUCAAACAAAUCGAAGCUUACUUGAUGACAAUACUAUUGAACUUCGAGAAUCCAGUCGUGGAAAUGAGUGUUAUAUUAGUAUCGAGUCUGUAGAUCAGUUAGAAAAGUGA